GGGUUUGAAAGCUCAAAUGGAGCAUGAUGUUCUGCUACACGACAUGGUUAUGGCUUUGCAGGAACUUCUCUGCACUUUCUGGAAUAAAAGAAAGAAGUAUUCGGUGUUCACGUGUGGCGAGCGCGCGAUAGAGAGACUCCCGAGCUGAAGGAAGGUCCCGGGCUGCACAUUGACUGACUGACACACACACACACACACACACACACACCAUGUUCAUCGACAGCAUGGAUUUCAGGAAUACUAAGUAUGGAAGGUAAAGUGCAUUCAAGACUGCUUACUUUUCAGCCUCAGCUUUACAUGCUAUUCAUGAACAGCCGAGUCCCAUCCAGCAAAAGAUAUCAACCGACUGAAUACGAGCAUGCAGCCAACUGUGCUACACAUGGAUUUUGGAUUAUUCCCAGUAUCCUGGGCAGUUCGCUGUUGUACUUCCUGUCUGAUGAUAAAUGGGAAAGCAUCACAGCGUGGCUGUACGGCACCGGGCUGUCGGGCUUGUUCAUCAUGUCCACCAUGUUCCACACUGUAAGCUGGAAGAAGAGUCAUUUGCAGACAGUUGAGCAGCGCUUCCACAUGUGUGAUAGGAUGGUGAUUUAUUUCUUCAUCGCUGCCUCUUACGCCCCCUGUUGUGUGCAGGCUGAACCUGAGGGAGCUCGGCCCCUGGGCGGCACACAUGCGCUGGCUGGUGUGGAUCAUGGCCUGUGUGGGCUCCGCUUAUGUCUUCUUCUUCCACGAGAAGAACAAGAUACUGGACCUGAUUUGCUACACCGUCAUGGGAGCUGUUCCUGCAUUUGUGCUUCUGUCAAUGCCGAACAGAGAGGGCGUGCUGGAGUUAUCAAUGGGCGGAGUCUUUUACUGCUUGGGCGUGGUUUUCUUCAAGAGUGACGGCCUUGUCCCUUUUGCUCACGCCAUCUGGCACGUCUUCGUGGCCGUAGGAGCAGUUAUCCACUAUUACGCUAUAUGGAAGUAUCUGUACGCGACAGGGAGUAGCCACAUGAGGUGACACACACUGAGGAACAUCAUGCGCUGCCGGGGCCACCACGCACCGUGUGUUAAACCAGGGGUGUCCGAGCUUACCCAGAAAGAGUCGAUGUGGGUGCAGGUCUUCAUUUCAAUCAAGCAGAAGCCACACAUGAGUAUAUUGCAGUGGGUAUUAACCUGGGGGUCUCAGGAAAAUGUUUAUCCUGAAUAAAUCUAUAAAAUACUUGCCUAAAGGCACCACCUACCAGCAACAAGGUAUAACUAAUGAACUACAAUUUACUGCUGAUUAGACAUGGAGUGAUUUCAUGUCAAGGACCAAGUAUAGAGUCAGAUUUAUUUUUGUUAGCCAUGAAUGUUAGUAAUCGUUAUGCAUUUAGACUUCAGGGUGUGGCAUUUAGGGGAUUUUUAUUUUUUUAAUUAAAAGCAGGUCACACUCAUACUUGUCUACUGAUAGACAAAACCAACUGAUGGAUCAGAUGCAGCUCCUGUUUGACCGAAACGAAAACCUGCACUCACACCAGCCCUUUGCGGAUAAGAUCGGACGCCUCCCGUUAAACGUAUUCCGAACUUACUGCCAGUAAUUUUAUCUAAAUGAAGUUGCCUUUAUUUGUCACAUAUACAUUACUGCACAGUGAAAUUCUUUCUUUGCAUAUCCCAUCCUUAGCAGUUUUUGGGGUCAGCCAUGACACAGCGCCCCUGGAGCAGGGUGGGUUGGGGGCCUUGUUCAAGGGCCCAACAGUGGCAGCUUGGUGGUGCUGGGGCUUGAACACCAAUCUUCCAGUCAAUAAUCCAGAGCCUUACCCACUUGAGUUACCACCCCCCGAAAAGAAUAUUCAAUCCUAGCUGCUCAUGUGUUGCAUCUGACAUCCUCAACACACCUGAACUCUACUGAAGAAAAUAUAUUUUUCUAAUAUAUAUAUAUAUAUAUAUAUAUAUAUAAAUGAGCAUUUUAUGAGCACAGAGCAUUUUAACUUAAAAUGGAGAAAGUCCAGACUUUCAUUUUCCAAGAAGUUUACAGGAAAACCUAUCAAGGUGAGAAGAAAAAGUAUAUUUAGGGUUUAAGAAUUUCUUAAACCUACUUAGGCUACUCUAGGUGUUAAUUUAUUGAAUGUGAUUUUAUGUUGUGCUUCACAGCAUUCAGUACAGAAUUUGUACCCAAACCUGUGUUUUGCACAAGGACGGUGCUUUGGAUGUGUACAGUGUUUGUCUCUUGAAUUGACUGCUGCUGAUUUAUAGGAAUAAUCAAAAACAAUAAAAUGAUAUUGUGUGUGCGGGGAAACCAUGCACUGCUUCUUGAUUUCUGACUGUGCCUAGCUUUCAUGGCAAUGUUUUUUGAUGAUAUGAACAGGAACAGGAACCGUAGCUGCUCUGACAUUCUUAUAAACCAGCACGCUGGCUUUCAGUGUGCAAACUGGGACCACUUUAAUACCACAGUUUUAAAGAUCUGAUGUAAAGAAUUUCACAUUCAUUGCAGGAUAGAAAGGGUUUGUCUUUACUUACAGAUGUUUUAUACAGUACAUUAUUCAGAAGAUAUAAAACAUCCCCAGCACUACAACACUGAAAAAUAAACUCUUCUCUGUGUCAAAGCUGCUUCUGUUGACCUCGUACU